CUUUGAUAGCCAAAAAAAUUGAAUCUUUUCUGUAAAUGUGUGAUCUUUUUGAAAUUUGAGGAAUGGGUUAAGGAAAUGGUGUGAUUAUAACAAAGUGGUCUAAACAGAUCUGGACCGUCCAAAAGCUUUUUCUCUCUAUCUCUUUUUGAUUCCAUGCAUGAAAUUGAACAACAACACACACACCGGAGAGAUGAAGAGGAAUAGAUCCAAAAAUGCAGCUGACCUUUGAUUACUCGUGUUAGCAACACUUCUCUCUUAUUUUUUUUAUCUUUUUUGUUCCCAAACUCUAAAAAUAAAAAUCUAAACUUUACUGUGGAAAUUACACAAAAAAGCUUGUUUUACUUUUCUCCUCUCUGUUUCUUCUUAGCUUGAAGUUCGGAUCUUGUACUUAGCUAUACAGAGAAACUGUCACAUCUCUGAAUCUGAUUACAAGAAAGAAAAAAAGCAUCAAACUUGCUGCUUCUUUAUUCUCUUUUCUUCUCUGUAUCAGUUUUGUCGGUUUAUGCAGCACUCGUCUUCAUUCAUAGAUUUUGAUUUGAGAAGGUCAAAUUUUCAAAUGGAGGAAGGGAAAGAGAAUUCGUUUUUGUGCAAGUACUGUUACAAGACGUUUCCUUCUGGGAAAGCACUCGGUGGUCACAUUAGAAUUCAUACGAACGAGAAUUCAGUUGGUUACAAUGGCAAUAAGAAGAAGAGGUUGGUGGAUCAGAGAAAGAUGAUGGCUCAGAAACAUAAGCAACAACAACAAGUUGGUUGCAGAGAAUGUGGUAGAGUGUUCGUUUCUUUGAAAGCUCUUAGAGGUCACAUGGCUUGUCACGGUGAGGUAAAGAAGAUGUUGAUGGAUGAUAAUAGCCAAUCUGAUACUGAAAGUGAGACUUCCUCAGCUCCUAUGAGGAAAAGAUCCAAGAGGGUGGUCAUGAAACAAUCAAAUUCUGAAUCUUUGAGUAAUGGGAGCUCGUCUUUUGGUUCUGAGAUUGACCAAGAACGUAGGGAUGGGGCUUAUAAUUUGAUGAUGUUGUCGAGUGAUUCUAGUAGUUUCAAGAAAAGACGUAACAUGGUGAUGAAUUCUCUUGGUGAGUCAUCUGACAACAACUCUGCGAUUGUUGAGAAUAAGUCAUCUUCAGGGGAUGAGUUUAAGAUCAUGAAUGUGAAGAAUGCAGUAGAUGACCAAUGGAGAUCUGCUGAUGAUGAUGGAGUUAGUCUCUGUGAUUCAGAUGGCUCUGAUUCUGAUUACUUCAUGAAUGGUCCAAGUAAGUCGGAGUCAGACAUUUCUGUUGACAGGAACACUGGAUUUGGAUCUGGAUUCAACAACUCAUUGAUCAGGUUCAGGAAUAGUAAUGAGGGAGGAACAAAGUAUGAGCUGAGCAAAAGCAAGAGAGCCUUGUUUUCUUAUGAAACUGAUUCAUGUGCAGACACAAACAGCAAGAUUCAUCAUAGGUUCAAAGAUAGCAAAUCCUCAAUGGUUAAGAAAGAAGGUGGUGAGAAGGUGAAGAGCAAAGGUCAUGAGUGCCCAAUUUGCUUCAGGAUGUUCAAAUCAGGCCAAGCUUUAGGUGGUCACAAGAGAUCACAUUCCAUUGCAAACCACGCAGCUGAAAUGCGUAACCAAAUCGAUCUCUAUCUUCCUGUUUCGGAUACUGAUGAAUGAAUCAGAACCUGAGAACUAUAGUUCUCUCUGAUAGUAUUUCAUCCCCACUUUUUGUUUGUUUUCUUUGCUCCACAUUUUAGAACUAGAUCAAAAGUUUUUUUUGAUUUGUUCAUAUAAAGUUUGCUUAUCACUUAGAGCCAAUUCUUUGCUUUAUGAACUCAAGUAUUGAUGUAUAUAUUAUCUUCAG